AUGGUCUUCGCUGCGCUUCACCGCAUCUACACUGGCUUCAUCAAUCCCCCACAAGCUCGAAAGCAGGAUGAUGCCAUUCGAUUCGGACUUCUCGGAGCUUCCAAUAUCGCACCAGUUGCUUUAAUCACACCGGCAAAGUCGCAUCGAGAAGUGAUUGUCGCCUCCGUUGCAGCUCGAGAUCGCAGCCGCGCAGAGGUUUAUGCCAAGAAGCAUGGCAUUCCAAUUGUCCAUUCCUCCUAUGAAGAUCUGCUUAACGAUACAAGCAUUGAUGCCGUCUAUAUCGCCCUUCCCAACAGCUUGCACUUUGAAUGGGCCUUGCGCGCGAUCAAAGCUGGGAAGCACGUUCUUCUAGAAAAGCCCUCAUGUUCAAAUGCCGAAGAGGCAAAGGCGCUAUUUAAUCACCCCAUAGUCAAGGCACCUAAUGCUCCCGUUCUUCUGGAAGCAUUCCAUUAUCUAUUCCAUCCCGCAUGGCAGACUUACAUGUCACUUAUUCAUGACGAUGCUCUCUCUGGGCCGGUAAAGCAUGCACAUGCCCAACAAUAUCUUUUCAAGGGUGUUAUUCCUCCCGAUGAUAUCCGCUGGCGGUAUGACCUUGGAGGUGGUGCUAUGAUGGAUUUUGGUACAUAUACCGUGAGCUGCUUGCGCCAAAUGAUGCGGGAGGAACCGAGCGAGGUGAUCAAGACGGAGUGGAGGGCUGUUCCGGGUUCGCGAUCUGAUCAGGCUGAAAGCCAGCAGAUUGAUCAGGCCAUGAAUGCGACAUAUAGAAUGGAGAGUGGUGCCACGGGCACUAUUAUUGCUGACUUGAGUUCGUCAGGUAGUUGGCCGCUGCUCCCUGCGUCCUGGUCGAAGAGUCUGCCAAGUAUCGGCUGGCCGAAAUGCGAGGCUGAACUUGGAGAGAAGGAAGUAGAGUCAUCCGAGAGCACUGAUGGUGGGAAGCAUUUCGUUCAGCGGAAGAUGAAGCUGUGGAAUCAUCUUGCGCCAAGUGUGUAUCACCGGAUUGAUGUGGAAGAUACGCACAGUAUCCGUCGGGAUGGAACUUUAUUGAGGACGUGGAAAGAGUCGCGAAAUCUGAAGUCGUACUCCUGGCCAUCAGGCGAUAAGGUGAAAUCUGCUGGUGAAGAUUGGUGGACUAGUUAUCAUUGUCAGCUGCAUGAGUUCGUUAACAGGAUCAAGGGACGUGAGGGCUCUGGAGUUUGGGUUGAUGGCGAUGACAGCAUCAAACAGAUGGAGGCCAUAGACCAAACAUACGAAAAGGCCGGGAUGAAGGUACGGCCAACGAGCAAGUUUGAGUUAUCAGUUUGA